ACCAAAUUUCCUCAACAAUGGCAUUCAAGUUCAUCGCAUUCGCCGCCCUCGUGGCUGCCGCUAACGCCGGAAUCGCACCCCUGUCUUACGCUCCAGCGGCGCAUCUAUCCUACGCACCAGCCGCGCAUUUGGCUUAUUCUGCCCCAGUGGCUUACUCUGCUCCCCUGACUAAGACUGUGGUCGCUCCGGUGACUAAAACGGUGGUAGCUAAGACAGUGGACGACGAAUACGACCCCCAUCCUCAAUACAGCUACGCUUACGAUGUGCACGACAGCAUUACCGGCGAUGCUAAGAGCCAACAAGAAACCCGUGACGGAGAUUUAGUCCAAGGCAGCUACUCCCUCAUCGAAGCUGACGGAACUAAGCGCACCGUCGACUACACCGCUGACUCAGUCAACGGAUUCAACGCAGUAGUUCGCAAAGAACCACUCUCUCUUGCCGUGAAAACCGUCGCUGCCGCUCCAGUUGCCGUGAAAACCGUCGCUCAUGCUCCUCUGGCUUACGCCGCCCCAAUUGCCAAGAUCGCCACCCCCAUUGCUCACGCUCAAACUCUCACAUACGCCGCUCCAGUCGCUAAGAUCGCUACUCCGUUCACCGUCGCACACGCCGCCCCUGUUGCCGUUGCACACAGCGCCCCUGUUGCCGUCGCACACAGCGCCCCUGUUGCCGUUGCGCACGCAGCCCCUACUCUUCCAUUGGCUUAUUCAGCCCAUCCCGCUGCCAUUACCAAGUACGCCGCCGGACCAGCUCUCGCUUACACAGCACCCGCGCAUUACCUCUAA